AUGGGCACACAUGGCCACUAUCUAGCAAGUGCGGAAGAAGAUUUGGCCAUCAACCUUUGGGCGGGCGAGUGCGCUUCACCAGAAUUGUUGCAACUAGUACCAGAAAUAUCAUAUUUUCAAUCUCCGCCAGAAGAUUCCCAUCUGAGGGCAUUCGUAACCCAGGAGUUUCUCGGACAGUCAUCUCGUGUUAAGGCAAUGGUUCUGAGGUUAUUAUGGUCACUUUUUUGGGGGUAUUUUCAUCUCCAACCCCCUACCAAAGAGCUUGCUGACCCGUGUGUGGUGAUAGAGACUAAUGAUACACACCUCCGUCUGGUGUCGGCUGUCGAGGCACGCGAGCGAAGCGUUUGUCCCACAUUCCAACUGCCGAUCCCUCGUAGUGACACCAUCGGCGACUAUCUGUCAACGAGAAGGUGCAUUGCAUGUCACCUCACUGCCUCGCGUUUGGACAGUUCUCGAGACAAAUGGGGCCAGACCGUGAAAAUGAAAUUAAAGGAGAUAUUUAACAAUGCCUUCUCUGUGUUCUCUCGGCCGUUCUGUUCAUGCGUUGAGCCCGUCCUUCGUUGUUCUCGGUGCCUACCUCUCCUCACACUCGUCGCCCUCAGUCUUGAUUUGGUCUUGAACAUGCACUGCUUAGAUCGACUGCUCUUCAAAAAUCUGGUGCUCUCGCUUCUCUCCUUCACAGCUUUCGGCUUUAACUUCUCGUUCACCCCACCUAGUUCCUGCGACAAUCUCGAUAUCGUGUGGUCAGGUGGGACGAGGCCUUUCUCACUACUUAUCACACCGGGUUUCUAUGUUCCCCAGAACAUUUCCAUUCCAGAUUCGGCAUUCGAUCCGAGCUCAGGCAAUGGUAGCUUCUCAGUGCAGCUCAAGCUCCCUCCAGGGCGCAAGUUCCUUCUCACAAUGUCUGAUUCAACGGGCUUUGAGGCGGGAGGGACGUCCGAUAUCUUGACUGUUGGCUCGUCCAUUAGCGGCACAAACUGUCCAUUGGUUGAUGCCACACCAGAUUUUUUCUUCGAUCUGAACUCGGCUUUGCAGCAGUGCCGGACGUCCACUUUUAGCGGAUACGAUAAUGCGACACAGCCUGUUACAAUUCUGGGAUUGAUUCCUUCUGGGCAAUCGUUUGAACUUCUUCCUCCACAAGGGCCGUCGACUUUCGACUGGAUAGUUGAUGUUUCUACGGGAACUACCGUCACAUUCAUCCUGACUGAUGCCUUGGGUAGACAGGGGGGAAGUUCUGACUUCAGGACGGUUGGCAUAAGCGCUGACUCCGCGUGCAUUAGUGCCUCAUCGCCUCAUUCGACCGCACAAACGCCGUCGGCAUUAUCGUCAACAUUAUCGUCAGCGUCACCAAGUGGAACUCAGGCGAGGCAGACCGUCGAUACGCACUCGGGUCCGAAUAUUGGCAUUAUAGUUGGUGCGAUUGUAGGCGGGCUUGCUGUUGUCUUCCUCGCACUUCUCCUAUCGUUUUGCUGUCUACGACGACGAAAGCAGGUAACGGAUGAUUUUGCAGGCCAAUAUCGACCACCAAUCGCUUUCAUAGACAAUCAGUCAUCACGCAUCCGCGCGCUCAUUCCUGCCAGCGGUCGUGCACGGCGCACACAUUCCUCAGUCGACCUUGUUCCGCCAGCUGCAAUGCGCGAUUCAUCCAUGCAUAAUCCGCCUCUCCAUCAAUCGAUGCUGCCCGCUGCUGAGGACGAUUACAUACCGAACCCGCAUAUCAUUCUUUCUGACGCUGAAGCUAUUUACAGGCACUCUGGACGAUACUCCGAAUCUUACCCGUGGACGCAGCCUCACUCUAUAUCGCAUCCUCCGACUCGUGAUGCUAUGGGCUACGCUCAGUCACAUAGCCGAUCGCAAUCACAGUCAGAAACCGACGGCUUCUUAAGUCCAGGCUCCAGGCUCUCUAAUCCUUACUCCUUUGCCCAUGCCAGGAGCCCAUCUGUUCCAUAUUCGACAAGCCCUCCUGCGUCUCCUGGUGUCACUUCGCCGAAGGCAUCAACUAGACAAGCACAUCGGAUAACGCCUCGCGUUGUCCAGCACACGGAUGCAGAAGAUGUGGGCAGCUCAGGAGAACAGGCCAACGUAGUCGAGCUUCCUCCACAAUAUACGGACCGAAGCAACAUAAAUGCAAUGUUGGACGAUCGCGUCAAAGGAUCUGAUCGCUCACCUAAGUGA